GUGGGGAGGGGCUCCUGCCCUCAGAGCUGCUUCCACCACAGCAGGUCUGAUUUACGUGCUUUACACACUGGGUCCGGAGUAAGAUCUGUUUUGGACAAAUUCCACAGGGGAUGGCUGAUGUCUAUGCGGGCCUCCUCCCUGAGCAGGAGUCCUGUCACCUGGCUGCAGGUGGAGGCAGGGAGCAAAGGCGUGCCUGUCUAACCCUCCCAUCCCCCGACUCUGUGGCAGACCUCCCUUCCCCUUGACUCCCUGACUCUGUUCCUAGUUCCAGUUCCAGCAAGGAUGUUGUUACCUUUGGCAAUGAGAAUGUUAGUGCUGCUGCCCCUGACUCAGGCCGCGCCCAAGGAUGGAACCGUGAGCCUGGACCCCGAGGUGCAGCAGCUGCCCCUGUCCAACCCCUUCCAGCCAGGCCAGGAGCAGCUUCGGCUUCUGCAGAACUACCUACAGGGACUGGAGAGAAUGGAAAAGGAGCUGGAACACAUGAGCCGGGAGCAGGUUCUCCUCUACCUCUUUGCCCUCCACGACUAUGACCAGAGUGGACAGCUGGACGGCCUGGAGCUGUUGUCCAUGUUAACUGCAGCUCUGGCGCCCGGAGCUGCUGAUUUUCCUAUCGCCAACCCGGUGAUCCUGGUAGUGGACAAGGUGCUCGAGACCCAGGACCUGAAUGGGGAUGGGCUCAUGACCCCUGCAGAGCUUAUCAACUUCCCAGGAGAGGCCCCAAGGCACACAGAGCCCAAAGGGCCCCCGGAGCCACAAGAUGUUGGGAGGCAGUCCCCGUUAGCUAAAAGCCCGUCCAGACAAGAGCUGCAGGGAGCCCUGGGUCCCAGAGAAGAUGGGGCACAGGUAGAGGCCACAAGGGAGUCCUUGGAGCCUGUACAGGAGGCUGGGGGACAGGCAGAGGCUGAAAGAGAAGCCCGAGGCCCUAGAGCAGAGGCUGCGGGCCAGGAAGAGGCCAGCGACGCUGGAAAGGACGCAGAGGAGCAUCCAGGGGAAACACUGGAGUCCAAGAACACCCAAAAUGAGUUCGAAGUUCAUGUUAUUCAACUGGAGAAUGAUGAGAUAUGAACCUUGAGGCUAGAGAUUUGCACCCCUAGAAGUCUCAGCACCGGAACAUAAGCCCCAAAGAGUGGGCUGUGUAUGCUGGGUGUAUGUCUGCUUCCUGGCCCCCGGAGGGGCAGGUCUUUCUGUGCAGCUCAGGGAGACCCGAAGUUGAGGGGGCAGCUUUAGGGCCCAGAUAACCAAUAAAGAACUGAAUGAACUCA